AUGACGGAACCCGUCCGCGAAUUUUCGCGAGCGGACGGAGGCGACGCCCAUCUGCGCCGCACUCUACUGCUCUGGCCCUCGACGGGCCCGUUUCUUUGGGCGCUCGACCCUGCUGACGUGUCGAACGCCCCCUCAUGCAACCAACCACCACAAUUCAGGAUGAAAGUGGUGGCGGAGGGAGUAGGAGUGGGAGGGGGUGCCGAACAUGAGGGAGGAGGCAAGGGGGGGCCACGCGUCGUGGUUGAGUACACCUACGAGGAGGAGGAGAUCGAGGAGGAUACAUCGAGGAAAGCUCAGCACGGAAUGCAGGUGCAGGAGGGCGGGGCGGCUGCGCAGGAGGGUGGGGCAGGAGUGCAGCAGCAGGAGGGCGGGGCGACUGGGCAGGCGGGUGGGGUCGGAGGGCAGCAGCAGGAGGGCGUGGUGGUUGCGCAGGAGUGUCGUCCAGGACAGGUCGCAGCCAAUCGGCAGCUACAUCCGGAGCUUGAGGCUUCGCAGAAGAAGCUCACCGCUGACGUAUUUGCGAAGCACAGUGAGCAAGCAUCUGUUUACAAUAAGCUGGCUGCGGAUUUUCGGACGGCCUGGAAUACGAUUUCGGAGGCGUCGAAGAGCACGCUGAAGCAGUGCGACGACGCCGUCAACGGUGUUAUGGAGGAGAGGAAACUGUUGGAAGGGGCGCGCAUGAAGCUCGACGAGAUGAGCGGGAAAAUCAUCGAUGGGGUGGCAACCGCUAUCGCAAAAGCGAGCGAGGACGCCGUCGAGAAGCAGCUCAAGCUUGUCGAGGAGCAAAUGGUUGCUUCGGUCGUGCAGGGUAUUGAGAAAGCCGUCCAGGAGGACUUGUUCUACUCCGCUAUCCCGCCCGAGAGCAUGAAGGUGAUGAAGGACGUUGUGAAAGAAGGCUACAAAGAAGCUGAAGCUGGCAGAUUGGAAGUCCUCACCAAAGCAAUGGCGAGAGGGUUUCGGGGCUCGGCGGGCCCGUCGACGAGGUCGCGUCAGGAGGAGGGGGUGGCUGGUGUUCGCAGCGGGGGCACCGUCCGCCUUAGCGAACCGCAUUCCCCUCCUCUUGGUCCUGCUCCUGCGUCGAAGAAAAGGCAGGCUGUGACGAAGUCGUCGAAGCAAGCUGCAGAGAGCGGUGACUUGGUGGAGAUGGGCAGCCUCCUUGGCCAAGCUCCUGUCCAGACGGCGUUUACCAUCGUUGCUGCUCGACACGAGAAGGCAAAGAAGCCGAAGGUGCUUCCCCGACAUUGA